AUGUCAGAACCAGUAAGAAACCAGUCAAGACAACAGUCAUCCGUUCCACGGCAGUCGAACCAAACAGCUCAGAUGACUCCAGAACAGCUGACACGACUGAUUAAUCAGUUUCUACAGCUACAAACUACCCAACAACAAAGACAAAGGCCACCACCAACACCAACUGGAGCGAACCUUUUCCCAACGGGAAUGCCGAACCUAGCUCCACCUGGAGUUAAUGUAAGUCAUCAAGGAGCGUAUCCAACAGUUUUUCACCAGGCAACCUUUCCCAAUGGGAGCCCGCCGGAAAUGCCAAACCUAGCUCCAGUCCUUGCAUACAACAACAAUCGUUGA